AUGUCUGGUCCUCAGCCUGCUCAGGCGCUUGAGGGCCACUGCUCAGCAAUUGACGACAACACUUUAUAUGUACUCUCACCCUCUGGAUUUCAGUCGUUGAGCUUGAAACAGAAUGCAACGUGGAACGAGGAGGCGAGUGCGAAGUCCGUGACAGGACCAGCAUGCGUGUUGGUGGACUCGCAAAGAACUUUAUAUGUGAUCGGCGGGACGUCAGAUGACACUGGUUAUGGAGGUCUACAACGAUACUCGUUCGCGAACAAAGCGUGGGAGACGCUGAGUCCGCCAACAGAGGACAUGCACUCGCGGACAGGGCACAGUGCAGCAUACAUUGAGGAUGCGAAAGGAAUUCUGGUGUAUGCUGGUUCCCAGCCACAAGCCCCAUCCGACCUGUCCUCACAGACAUUCUUCAUAUCUACGGACGGACCAUUCAACUUGGAAUCUUUCACGUCACAGGCGCCACCACUGACAAUGCCUCUCCUAACACCAUGGAACAGCAGUCACGCAGUAAUGGUUGGUGGCUCGUCGACCAACGAGCAAGUGUUCCUCUUCGACACAUCGCAAGGCUGGACACAGUUGGGCACGAACUUGACAGACGCGAUCGACCCUGCAGCACGCGGUACUAUCGUUGAUGGAAGCGAUGGGAGCAAAGUGCUGGAAGUCUAUAAUGUCAAUGUGUCACCGAACACAGUCUCGCAAUAUGUUUUACUUGGCGCGAAUGGCGAGACCGCUGCGAAUGGACAGAAGAUUGGCAGCGGCUCAUCAUCACGCGUACGAAGUAGAGACUUAUCUCUAAGCAACUGGCCAUCGUACAACAGCUCGAAUGCACCAACCGCAACUCGAGCAGAUUGCGCAGUCGCACAAGGACCUAGUGGCAUUGCGGCAAUCAGUGGUGGCAACACGAACAUGCCCGUGGCACUGUUCGACCAGAGCGGGAACAGCUGGGUGGAUGUCAACAAAUUCUUCGACUCGAAAGACCAGCAGCCUCUGCAGCCCUCUUCUACCUCGAGUAAGACUUCAACUCAGACAGGCACAUCCACCGCUUCAUCCGCACCAUCUCACACCACAUCUGCGGCCGGAAUACCAAACGACGGCCUCAAUGCACAUCAACGCAUGCUCAGAACGCUUGGCAUUACUCUUGGUGUGCUCUGUGGUAUUGCAGCACUUUUCAUACUGAUUCUACUUUUCUUGAGAUGGCGAAAGUCAAAGCGACAGAAGCAGGAGGGCUACAUCGAUGAGAAAGGACGCAACCGUAUGAGCUUUGCUGAUCGCGGUGCAUCUUUCAUGAAGGAGGCUGGAGGCUCGGUUAAUAAUCUGCUUCCGCCUGACAAAAGCCGGUAUAGCACAGCAAACGGUGGCUCACAAGGUGGCUCGCACAGCUCACUUGCAAUCAUUGCUGGAAGGUUCAACAACAACAGCAAGAACCAUGUGCAGCAGAAGGCCAGCUUCGACAGUACAGCUCCAUUCGCACGCGACAGGAGCGGUGCUGGCGAGCCUAUGGAAAUGAUGGACAUAGGUGAUAAGACGUUGGCAGUCCCACAGCCCAUGCGCAAGCCAUUGCCACUGCCCAAGCAAGCAUCUCCUGCUGCCACCUACGAUACGGAGAAAGAAGUUGCUUCGGAUGACGUGGAAAGGAAUCGCAGCUCUGGUUGGUCCAAGUACUUCGCUACCAGCGGGCCCACUGGCCCGAACGGAGUAUCACACCUUCCCGCUGGCUACAUGAAGUCGACAACGAAGUCUGGUCUGAGCGAUGUUUCCGACUACUCGAGAGCUUCACAACCAUCGAGGAUACCAUCUUCGGUGCUCGUACCACCUCUCGAUAUCGACUUCAGUAAGACUCUUGACGGUCAACGACUGUCAACGGUGGCUACUGGAUCGCCUGUUUUCAAUCACUCAAGGGAAGAUUUGUCCAGGCAAGCCAGUGCCGCUGAGCUGUCACAUGGUCAGUCAGGGCUGAUGGUCGACUCACCAACACUAGACAGGCGGUCACAGAUCUCAGGGUACUCGCUUUCGACGAAUCAUCGGACAACGAUCGGGUCGACCAUGAGCGACAGCGACUACUAUACAAAUCCUGGCGAGACUCCAUACACGCCCGUCAGCUUCAAGGAUCACCUCAAUGACAGUCGGCCGAACAGUGAUGCGAGACCGCCCAGCAGCAACUACACCAGCAGCAUGUACGAGCCGCGUGUGCCAUCUCGUGGCAAAGGCGGUGGCAGCUUCUUUCCAGGUACUGGGGUGUCAUACAAGACAUCACCGAAGACCGCCAGCAAGCUCGGGUCAUCCGCUGCGCCUACAGCUGACUGGGCAACUCCAAUACCAAAGCCGCCACCAGCUUUGCGAAUCAGCAAGCCUGCGGAAGAACGGGACAGUACCAUCACUGUGUUCCCUAGAGGUGUGCCCAGUGCGUACUAUGCCGAUCGCGGGCAGGCAAGGCAAAGUGAGCAGAAGACUAUGCCAAGCGACAUGAGCUGGCUGAACCUUGGACUCGGCUCGAAUAAGAUUUGA